GAGAACAGACCCAUUAUUCUUGGACAGAAGUCACGAGUCACAAAACAUCGGAUGUUAAGUGCAUUGCCUGGGGCCGUUCAUACACUCACCUUUGCUUGUGGUCACUUUUGGAGGCUCAUUAAGCUCCUCAUACAUGCACACACGCACUCACAGCCCCCUCAUGCAUACUGUGCCAACAUGCAGACACACACCCUCACUAAGCAGAGGCAGGCGCUGGCUAUAAAAGCUGCUCCCAGUGGAAGGUGUGAAGCACAAUCAGACCAGUCCAGCUGAGCACACAGACACAGAGACACACAGAGACACAUAGAGACACAUAGAGACACAUACACACACACACGACUCCUCUGCACUGGGAUAUGAACACUCUCGUCUUAACCUGCCUCCUGUCCUGUGUAGUGAGCAGCGCUCUGGGUGUGUGGGGUUCAGAGGUGACCUUCUCCACAGAGCUGAGUGGAGUGACGGGGGGUCCAGCGUCGGGAGAGGGCCUCCACAGUCUGAAUGACGAUGAAGAGCUGGAGCUGGUGGAAGUAGAGGAAGAGCCCUCAGGAGCAGCACACCUACCACCUCAUGUGUUGAAUGUUCUUCAAAAUGAGCGAAAGAAGAAGAAGGGAAAGGGCAAGAGGAAGAACCAUCACAGAGGUAAAAGCACCACAGUCCUAAACCCAGAGCACAUGUACCACACGAGCGGGUACACUUCAGCCAUCAUCACCACAGAGGACCCCUGUACCUCCACACACCAAGACUACUGCAUCCACGGACACUGCCACUACCUGGAGGGUCUGCACGAGCCUGUCUGCAUCUGUAUGAAAGGCUAUAUGGGGCUGCGCUGUGGGAUCCAGACCUUGGAGACUAAAGUGCCUUCAGAAGACGAGGACAGUGGUCCGGAACUGGUCCAGACUGUGCUGGUGGUCAUCGCUGUGGUUUUGUCCAUCAUCAGCUGCGCCGCCAUCAUCCUUAUGACCUGUGCCCAUUACAGAUCUCAUAAAAAUUUCCUGGCGUCAUAUCUUGGAAGUGGGGGAACAGCAAAAGAACAAGAGAAACUCCAGAAAACCCAGAGUGAUGCGGUGGUGUGAAGUGCCAAGUUGUUGCCAGAGAGUUACACCUUGAGAAGACCGAGCAGCCCAGCAGAUCCUGAGGAUGUGUGAUGACUGUAGAGAUGGCUGCUUUUGUAGAUGCUGUUAAAGAAUGAUCUGAAGUCUUUAUUAGAAUGUAAUUUAUUGUAGUGUGGUUAUUUAUUGCUAAAAUGCCAUUGAACUGUAUGUACUGUAUGUGGAUGCUGAGCGUUCACUUUUCUAGAAGUUUAUAGCUUUUUUAUUUAUUGCACUGCUGUUGUUAUAGGUCAGACAAACCCUUUUCAUCCAAGUUUGGAAAAGGGAUGGACAAUGAUCACCAAUAAAAUAUGUCAGUGUUAUAUUGAAAA